AUGGCACCAUUGCAAAAAGAAAGAGUUACUUGUACGCAUCCUUUUACCAAUACAGGCGUUGAUUUCGCUGGCCCAUUGACGAUACGAAGCGGAAUCCGCGGGAGACCUGGCAAGAAAGCCUGGAUAGCAAUAUUUGUCUGCUUUUCUACUAAGGCAGCGCACAUAGAAGCAGUGGAAGACUUAACAUCCAGUGCAUUUAUUGCCUCACUUCGGAGAUUCUGCUCCAGAAGAGGAAUACCCGAUAAAAUCUGGAACAUCAACUGUCAUUUCAACCCGCCUUUGACCCCGAAUUUCGGAGGAAUUUGGGAAAGCUGCGUUAAAAGUGCGAAGCACCAUUUAUCAAGAAACGUCAAGGAUGCACAUUUGACCCUCAGUGAAUUGCAGACACUACUCUGCAAAAUUGAAGCGUGUCUAAACUCUCGCCCUCUUUCACCAUUGAGUAGCAGCCCAGACGAUUUAGAACCGCUCACUCCUGUUCACUUUCUUAUAGGGGGCCCAAUCACGUUGCCUCCGGAACCAGAUUUAACAUCACAACAAAUCAGUGGACUUCGAAGGUGGAAGUUAGUACAAGCACUCAUGCAGUCUUUUUGGACAAGAUGGACCUCGGAAUGUUUGCCUCAGCUGCAGGUCAGAGGAAAACGGACAACUGCAACCAAGCCAUUAGCAAUCGGCGAUGUCGUAAUUGUAAGGGAAGACAACAUGGCUCCAUGCAAGUGGAAGAUGGCACGCAUAACAUGUCUACACCCAGAAACCUAA